AUGAAGAUGCAGAUGCUGGUGGUGUUGGCUGUAGCAGUCUUGGUGGUUCCCAGUCUGUCUGAGGGACGGAUCCUCUCAAAAUGUGAGCUGAAGAGCUUAUUGGAGGAGCCGGCCUUCAAAUUCAACCUGACUGAGAAAGCCAGAGAGAGGAACCUGACAAACGAGGACUUUGUGGCUAAAAGUAAAUUACAUUAACCAAUUUUUUUCAUUCAACAAUCGGAACAAUUUCUUAAAUACUAUGGGCUAGUUUCACGGUACACAGAUUAAGCCUAGUCCUGGACUAAGAAACAUUUUCACUCGAGAUUCUCAAUUGAAAUGUCUUCUUGUUCCAAGACUAGGCUAAAUCUGUGUAUGGGAAAUCGGCCCCUAGGAGUCCGAUUGUAAAGUAACACUCAAUUGUCAUUGCCUCUUCCAGUCGUCUGCCACGUAGAGAAGGCCACAGGUUUCAACACCAGUUUUGUGACUUCUUGGAGGGAUGAUGACGGCCCUGAUGACUGCCCUACUCGCCCUGCAAAGAAUGUUAACCGCCCUACUCGUCCUACCCUUCUUACCCACCCUAAGCACCCUCCUAGGAGGGGUAAGAGACACGCUGGGCAUUCUCACGGGGAUUCAUCCAGCGCUGAAAGUCAUCAGUUCAGGUCAUCAAAAGCAGACUCCAGCGAAGAAGACUCCAGCAAAGAAGACUCCAGCAAAGAAGACUCCAGCAAAGAAGACUCCAGCGAAGAAGAGACCAUGUGGACCCUUUACGGCUUGUUCCAGCUGAGCGAUCAUGUGAUCUGUGCCAACGGCUCCACUCCGUCUCUGAACCUUUGCCAGAUGAACUGCAGUGGUGAGUUCAAUAUAUUAGACCUAGCGAAACUAAAUACGUAUCUUCAACGUGCUCAAGGUGCAAGCUUAAGACAUAUGACAAAUACACAACAAGAUCAUUAAUAGAGUAGUUGGAUGUUAGAGUUGAUCUUGACCAAGUUUGGUUUUAUUAAAAUGGCUUGUAUGACAGUGUCAGGGGUGUAUCUCUGUUGUGCUUUUUUUUCUCUCAAGCUUUGAUUGACGAUGACAUUAGUGAUGACUUGGACUGUGUGGAGACGAUCAAACAGACAGUGUAAGUGUUUGGUUUUGAGGUGGAUGUUUUUUCUCAAUUUUCUUAUUGUGUUAAUAUACUGUGUGCAAGUGCAGCAAUUCUUACUAACUUUUAGAUUGUCCUUUUUUCAUUUUAACAGGGAAAGUGGCCCUGAUGAACAUAAAAUGGCUCUAAUGAGA